AUGCUCGGAAGUGCCAGUCAGCAGGAAACGAAGUUCGGCAAACAGAUUCAGCGCAGGCAGCUAGAUCUCCCCGAAUAUGCCGCCAGCUUCGUUAACUACAAGGCGCUGAAGAAGCUUAUCAAGCAACUCAGCGCCACUCCUACUAUCCCCGCGCAAAGAACCGCAGAGGAGAUUGCGAGGGAAGAUGACCCUCAGUUCGCUCUGCGCGCAAACAAGGAGGUCUUCUUCUUCCGUUUGGAACGAGAGAUUGAGAAAGUCAAUACAUUUUACCUUCAGAAAGAAUCAGAGUUCUCGCUUCGUCUACGGACACUAGUUGACAAGAAACGAGUGAUCCAGUCCCGAACCUCCUCGAAUUCCAAAGCGCCGUCCAAUUUCGUUUCUCUGUUUGAGGGUUUCCAGCAAUUCGAUGGCGAUCUCAACAAGCUGCAGCAAUUCGUUGAGAUCAACGAGACUGCCAUGUCCAAGAUCCUGAAGAAAUGGGACAAAACAUCCAAGUCUCGCAUGAAAGAGCUGUAUCUACAUCGGGCUGUGGAAGUGCAACCAUGUUUCAACCGGGAUAUCCUCCGAGAUCUUGCGGACCGUGCCACAACCGCCCGAUUGGAGUUGGAGGCCUGGGCCGAGGGCGAGAACAUCCAAUAUGAUGCCUCGCGUCCUGUGGACCGCACCGCAUCCCUGGGAACUGAGGAGGAUGAGUUGGAUAUUCAGAUGCUGCAGUCAGCCUCCACGGGCAAUAUGCAGACUCUGCGUGAAUGGCUGGCCAGGUUACAGUCCUUGCCAGACGCCCGUGAACGUGCAACUCGCACCUUCUUGACCGCCAUCAACGGGUUCCCAGAUGAGGUUCUUGCUCUCCUAUUAGAAAGCAAUCUGGUUGACAUCCACGCGGAGGAUGAUAUCAAUGAGCGUAACUGCCUCCACGAAGCCGCCAUUUCUGGCCGAGACUUUGUUUUCAAGGCUGGCCUCAAGGCAUCUGUCGAUUUCUCUCUGUCCGAUGUCUAUGGUCGGAUUCCUCUCCACUAUGCUUGUUUGCAUGGCCGCGUUAGUAUGGUCCGAGAUCUGCUAGCGGCAGGUCCCCAGACCGUUGACAUUAUGGAUCAUGACAACUUCACCCCUCUGAUUCACAGCAUUGUCAAGGGCCAAUUGGCAUGCGCCGAGCAGGUCCUGUACAGUAAUGCCAGAAUCAACCCAAAUUCGGACACCGAUCAUAUCCCCUUGAACCUGGCUUGUCAACAUGGCUCACUUCCUAUUGUGAAGAUGCUGCUCGAGCGAAAUGCAAAGUUGCUACCGGACGCCGAAGGUCUUUACCCGCAGCACAUGGUUGCACGUGCUUCACAAUCUCCACAGCUCUUAUUGCUGCUCAAACAGCACGGCGCUGAUCUCGAUCAAAAGGACAAGCUUUAUCAGUGGACUCCGUUGUUCCACGCAGCCAGCGAAGGCUGUGUUCCCUGUCUACGCACACUUCUUGAAUCAGGUGUUGAUUCACAGGUUGCAGAUGAAAAGGGCCUUUCAGCAAUGUACUACGCUGCCUGGGAAGGGCAUUUGGAGUGCAUGCUUCUUCUCUGGGCUCAGCCGACUGGGCAAAAACCCUCACAGCGACCGAUCGACAUUCUCAAUGGCGUGCGGCUGCAAGAACCUGGCCCGAUGGGUGAGCCAAUGUCCAUGGACGCAGGCGCAUCGGAGAUGGAGAUGGUCGACGGCAUCCCAGAUCUUGAGUUACCUCCACCCAUCAUUCCUCUGCGUCGCUAUGGCCACAACUUCCUUGACAAAAAGGUGUUCGUCCAGCUUACAUUUGAUCAAGCGAACGUUGGGUCCGUCGUCUUUGAUCAGGCGGGACGCUAUCCUGCCGCUCGGAUGACUAUCUCUUCCAAGUUGUCCGAUCUUAUCCCUCGCACAAUCAUGCUACCUAUCCAGGACGACUCGCGCACGAUAUCGUUCCACGUGGACAACCUGGACACAUUUGCCGUUGACUUUGAGAUCUUCCCUACUUUCGGUUCCAAGGUGAUUGCCAAGAGCGUGGCUCUGCCAGAUAUCUUCCGAGCCGAAUCGUCAAGCACUGGCACCGGUUGCUUGCCGCUGUUCGACCCCCGACUCCGUGCAAUUGGUCAGCUGCGCUUCAACUUCCAGGUCAUCAAGCCGUAUCACGGUGACCCCUUAGAGAUUACCCACUUUGCCACAUACUGGAAGGCUACUGGGGCGAUUGACUCGGACCACAAUGGACUGGUCACUGGUUCCAGUUUGUCGGGAGAUUACAUGCAGCUAUUUGUGCAAUUGACUCGAGACCAUGUGGCAGUUCUCUAUCCUCAGUUCAUGAUCAACCACCAUGGCAUUGAGAUCCCAGUUUCCCACUUGUCCUAUGCGCAGUUCCAGGCCAUUGGGGCCGAACGCGGUGUCAAUCAGCCCCAGAUCCUCCAAUUCUUGGAAACAGAGGGGGUUAACGACAUGCCGAAAACUCAUCGACUCCUCGCCGCGUCUUUCUUGUCGCUGCAUGAUGUCUUGCGCAAGCUCCCCAUUGACUUGAAUGUCAACAUCUCUCUUCUCUACCCAUCACCCGCGGAAGAAAAGAUGCUCGACAUGACUUCAUUGGCGGAUAUUAACAGCUUCGCCGAUGCCAUUCUGACUGAUGUCUUUGACCACGCUCGUGUGGCUAGAGAAAAGAACCCGGACUUUAUGCGUUCCGUCGUGUUUACUUCCUAUAACCCCAAUAUCUGUACUGCGCUCAACUGGAAGCAGCCGAACUAUCCUGUUCUUCUCUGCAAUGACCUAGGUCAGAUUCGGGACCUUGCUCGCAACGUUGACUCUCAGCCCCAGGUUGAUAGCAGUGGUCGUGCUUCGAUGUCGAUUAAGGAGUCUGCACGCAUUGCCCAAAAUAACAACUUCAUGGGUCUGAUUUGCAGAUCCAGUCUCUUGAACGUUGUUCCUGCCCUUGUUGAAACUAUCAAAGAGCUCGGCCUUGUGCUCGUGGCCGAUACCUCGGACGAGGCCGGUCAAGACCAACGUGAAGUGCUGUCCAACGCCGAUUCUAUGGGCGUUGCGGAGUGGGCAUACCGCAUGCCCCACGGUGUCAAUGGUGUGAUGAGAGCCAACGGCGUCCUCAGAUUCAACGAUAUGAUUGACAUGUGA